AUGCCCGAUAUCCCGAAGUACAGCGGGACAACCGACCCAAAUGAGCAUAUAACUGCAUAUACAUGCGCUAUCAAGGGCAACGAUCUCGCCAAUGAUGAACGGGAAUCGGUGCUACUUAAGAAAUUCGGAAAAACCCUGUCGAAGGGAGUUAUGCUCUGGUAUCAUAACUUGCCCGAGCAUUCGAUUGAUUCAUUUGCCAUGCUUGCUGAUGCUUUCGUUAAGGCCCAUGUCGGAGCUAUCAAGGUCAAAACCCGAAAUUUAGAUCUAUUCAACGUCAAGCAACGAGACGACGAGACCCUCCGCGAGUUCGUGGCUCGAUUUCAAAUGGAGCGCAUGGACUUGCCACCAGUUACGGACGAUUGGGCCGUUCAGGCUUUCACCCAAGGGCUCAAUUCAAGGAGCUCGAUCACCUCAAUGGAACUAAAACAAAACUUGAUCGAGUACCCGGCCAUCGCCUGGGCUGAUGUGCAUAACAGGUGUCAGUCGAAAAUAAGAGUCGAAGACGAUAAGAUUUUGAGGGCCGCUUCAGUGUCGUGGCACUCGGGUGAAGGAACUGAUCAUACAAGGAGAGUGGUGGAUCAAGAUUCAAGAUCAUCCUAUGACAGAUACCAGCCGUAUCCGCUUGAUUAA